UCCUUUCGCUUAAUAUACAGACGGGAGAAAAGCUGCGACAUUUUGUUCUUGAGCCAAGGUUGUGAUAUACGCUGUUGAUUCCUUACAUAUUUUCGCUUCAGAAACGCGAGAAAAGUAUCCUAAAAUGGAAUUCAUCUGAAAGCAGACGACUGAAGCUAGUCAAUCAAAACACCACCUAUUUGCUCAUCGGCGGCGUGAACAAGAAUUUAUCGAUUGUUUUCGUGUGUAGUGGAUAGUGUCCUGACAAAUGUUGGUAGGGUUUUAAUGUGCUGCAGCAUGGACGCCAUCUUGGACGCUGAAAUCACUGUCUACAACUCCGUAAGUUUACGUUAACUGUACGUCAAAGCCACCAAGGAUAGACAACGUAUUCGAGGAGAGACAAAAGACAGAAAAGCAAAUCUAACAGAUGUGAGACUGAACUUCAAAGUGAAGAAUUUUCCAAAUAUUUCCCAGAAAGUUUUUUUACAAGACAACCGUGUGUCUAAUAACAUUUUACACUGUACUAAUACAAUACAGAAAACAUUCUUCGAAGGAGGAGAGGCACAAAAUCCACAGAAUUGCUCAAAUAUAUUUAUACUAUCUAUAAAUAUAUCAACAAUAUGUCUACCCAUCUUCAACGCCACUCUACGACCAUUUUCCUGGGAAUGAAUUCCUGGAAAGAAAGCGCCGCCAUGCUGUUGGUGGGAGUGCUCAUAUGUCUUCCAGUACUUACUAACGCUUCCAACACCACAACGGCAUCCUCAACAUCUACUACGACAGCAACGAUCACCACAGCAACCGACAUCAUCCCCAAGGUGAUCAUCGCCAUUGCCGUUAUCGCAUUCGCUGCAGGUAUCGGAGUGGGUGUGGCUAAAUUACUGGACUAUAUAUACGAUCACUCCAGGCUCAAUGAUAAUGCUAGUGAUAUGAGUGAGCACACCAAAGAGAUGCUUAAAACACAAAUGAUCCUGAUGAAAAUGAAGACAAAGAAGAAGAAAUUAGGGGACGAGGAACAAGGAGACGGCGAACCUAAAAAACAAAGUAAACUGAAGAGUCUAGUACAACGCGUUGCAAGCGCGAGGCCCAAAAGUAAGGAAGAAGGGUCGGAUAAAAACUUAAAUGAAGAAGCAGAUAAGCAAACGUCUAGUGAUAUGAAGGACUCGGUGGAAAACGAAACUGACGGUGCCAAAACGGAGGCGGCAAAAACAGAAAGUGAGACCCAAGUUACCGAGAAACCGACAGACGACAAAAUCGCCAACGAGAAACCAAGCAAUGCAUCAAAAGACGAAUCUGAUCCCAAACUGAAGAAGGCCGAAAGCAAAGACGCGUUACACACGGGGCACGCCUCUGUCACGCGGACGACAAGUGACAUGCUGGGGUCAGUGGGCGGGCCUUCCGCCAGUGCCGUUAAAGACAAACCAACCCCUACUGCCGUUAAAGACAAACAAACCCCCACUGCUACGUCUGGGGCUGCCAGUCCGACUACCCCACGGGCUCAGAGCUCCAAAAGUAGUCCCCGACGUGAUUCUAGCCCUGGUGGUAAACAUCUUGCAGGGCAGCUCCCAGCUGGUAAAAAGGGGUCUACGGCGGGAAAUAGUUCCUAAUAGUUCCGUUAAUAUACAUGUAUGCUCUCGGUAAACAGUGCGCCUGUGGAUAUUUCAAUAGAAAACCAGUGCUGUCGUUGAAACUUAAAGAAUACAUAAUUCAAACAGUCUACCCUCCUUAUCUUGACCUUUGUUUAUUAUAUGACUGUUUUUGAACGACAUCUUAAAUGGCGAUGGACCUAGUGAACAUAGUGUUUCUUUUGGCGUGUACUUGUAUGCCAAUUAUUGACUUGAGGCGCUUAUCUUCACACUUUGUGAUGUGAAUCUCAAAGAUUCUUACCAGAAGCGAAUGUUGGUCAGAAGCGAAUUCAAGCUGCAAUUUCAAAAAAGUACAAGCAGAUAGGUGUUUUUAUUAACUUUUUAUUACCUUUAGGGACGAUUUUGUUAGGCAUAAUCUAAGACAAGGUUCGUGGGAAGAAGAACAUGCUGCUGCGAGAACAGCCAACAACACCCCAUUUUUCCUUUUUUGUCCAAAUCGAUUUUCAACUCACAAAUAUCAUCAUAUGAGAUUUUAUAGGGCUUCCAUUUUGAUUGUGAUUGUAUUCUCCCGGGAAAGUAUUUAAGUAGUGUUUUAACUUGUUAAAUCAGCAGAUUGAGAUUAGACCACCAUAUUUUCACGGUAUCUAUCGUCACACAAAAUAUUUUUACAUUAAUGACAGGUAAAUUGUCAUUUUAACUCGACACAUCUCCGUCAGUCGUAGAUAAUGGUGUGUUUCCAGUUAAUUUGGA